AGUUCAAGAGGAGUUAUUCCUUCUCAGUACUGCCAAUUCUGAACACCAUGUUCUGGAAGACUACCCACCAAUGGAGAACUCUCCAAGGCAGCACUUACUGGAAGAACUUGCUUGAUCCGCUCGACAUCGGCCUCCGCCGAUCGGUCAUCCACUACGGCGAACUUGUUCAAGCAACUUAUGAUGCAUUCAUCAGCGAUCGCGUAUCCCGGUUCGCGGGCGACUCGCGGUACGCGGAACAAGAUCUUCUGGCCAAGGUUGGGCUGCCCAGGCAAGCCUCCAUGUACGAGGUCACAAAGUUUGUGUAUGGCACCUCAAGCAUCCUGCUCCCCAGCUCCCUGCUCAUCAAGCCCCUGUCAAGGGAAGCAUGGAACAAGGAGUCCAACUGGAUGGGCUACGUCGCGGCGGCGACCGACGCCGGAAAGGCGGAUUUGGGGAGGAGGGACAUUGUGGUAGUCUGGAGGGGCACAGAGGAUGUGCUGGAGUGGAUGACUGACUUUCAGUUCCUCUUGCAGUCGGCCACAAAGCUGCUGAGGCCUCUGUUGCAUGAUGGUCAUCAAGCUGUUAACGUUCAUCAGGGUUGGUUGUCCAUCUAUACUUCUGAUGACCCCAGAUCACAGUACAACAAGAAAAGCGCUAGAGAUCAGGUCCUAAGUGAGAUCAAGAGACUGGUGGACCUGUACAAGGACGAAGACGUGAGCAUCACCGUGACUGGCCACAGCCUAGGUGCAGCCCUGGGCACCCUCAAUGCCCUAGACAUAGUCGCCAGUGGCGCAAACAGGCCCAGCCAGGACAUGAACAAGCACAUCCCGGUGACGGCCAUUGUCUUCGCCAGCCCGCGAGUCGGAGACGGCACUUUCCGGCAAGUGUUUGAGCAGACGGAAGAUCUGAGACUGUUGAGAGUGAAGAACGAGCCGGACAUAGUCCCCACCUAUCCCUUGCUCGGCUACGAAGAUGUCGGCGUCGAGCUGGCAAUCGAUACCAGAAAAUCCAGUUAUCUUAAGUCUCCCGGCGACUUCAGCAGUUGGCACAGCUUGGAAGCAUAUCUUCAUGGCGUUGCAGGGACGCAAGGGAAGAACAGCAGCAAGUUCAAGCUCGAAGUCGAUCGUGAUAUUGCACUGAUCAACAAGUACUUGGACGCGUUGAAGGAUGAGUAUCUCAUUCCCACGUCCUGGAGGGUUGAGAAGAACAAAGGAAUGGUUCAGGGGCCGGAUGGACGGUGGGUCUUGAUGGACCAUCAGCUCCACAAGAGAUCAAUAGCAAAACUUUAAUCUGUAAGAUUAAGAUAUAAACGUGCUGAUGGUUGGACUUUAUAAUUAUCUGCAUCUAGUUACUGGAUUUUAUGCUUUUCUUAAGGAAAUGGUGUUCAUGAAUAAGCAGGGUAAGGGGUUAUCUCUUGUUAUAAAAAUAAUCAAUGUCAUAAAAUUCAGAAUCAAUUUAAAAUAUUUUGGUCUUUCCUAAUAAGAAAGGGAAAAUGAACUGGUACAGGCCGAUAUGAACCUGUGAUAUCAGAAAUAUAUUAUUGCAGUGCAAUAAAGGGAUGCAUUUGUUUCAAA